AGCUCCAGUCUGCAGCUAGACUACUUUGACUAUUUGAUCCUCUUCAGUAAUGUGACCAUGGUGACAUCAUAGCUAGAUGGGAACUAGCUGCUAUUAUCUCAACUCGCAACGUAGCAGCUUCAGGCUCCUGUUACUGUGAAGAUCACGCACAAUACACGUCACUGUGUUUGCCAGUAAAGCAGAAACGUUAUAAUCAUAUCUGACAAAUUCAGUUACUGAACAAGACAAUGUCUGACAAGACCAAGAACCAAACCUCAGACCUUCCUGAUACACACGGAGGGCGUCUAGAGGAAAACACGGGCACUGGGCUAUUAAAUGUGAAGGAAGAGGAUGAGACAGAUGACAUGAAUAGUCAUCAGACUGAAAUACAUUGCUCCCUCCCUGCCGAUGAAGAUAACGCUGAUAUAGUGAAAGUUGAGAUAACAGAAGAACUGGAAGCACCAGAUGUGGAAAGCAGUGAGAGUAUCAGCGCAUGCCGUAUGGAUGUGACGUCUUCAGAGGGCUCAGCUGUUGAGUGCAGAGGAGAACCAUAUGUGUUUGAUUACGUGAAGACUGAGGAGGAUGAAGUUCCUAUAACUACGGCUACAGGUGAUGUUAAGACUGAAGUCACUCGUAAUACUGAACAGACUAAUGACCUGGAAGCUCUGAAGCAGGAAAUCCGUUACAAUAUUAGUACAGGUGAUGUUAAGACUGAAGUCACUCGUAAUACUGAACAGACUAAUGACCUGGAAGCUCUGAAGCAGGAAAUCCGUUACAAUAUUAGUACAGGUGAUGUUAAGACUGAAGUCACAAUUAAUGCUGAACAAACAAAUGUUCUGUAUGUAAAGAGUGAGCUGGAAGCUGUGAAGCAGGAAAUCGGUGACAAUAUUAGUACAGGUGAAUUUACAAUCUGCAGUAAUCCUAGUCCUAGCCAUGGUGAAAAUACGGAUACUUGUUUCAAUCUUCUUCAAAUUGAAAGAAAGAACGUGGGAAAUGUAUGUUUUGCAUAUGGGAAUUUUUUUACCAGAAAAUCAAAUCUUUUACAACAUCAGAAAAGUCGUAAAGGAGAGAAAGCAUUUUCAUGUGCUGAAUGUGGGAAAUGUUUUGCUCGGCAAUCACAUCUUAUUGGCCAUCAGAAAAUUGAUACAGGAGAGAAAACAUUUUCAUAUUCUAAAUGUGGGAAGUGUUUUACUGACGGAUCAAAUCUUUGCCAUCAGAGAAAUUAUACAGGAGAGAAAGCCUUUUCAUGUUCUGAAUGUGGGAAGUGUUUUACUAUCAAAGCAACUCUUAAUAGACAUCAGAAAAUUCAUACAGGAGAGAAGGCCUUUUCAUGUUCUGAAUGUGGGAAGUGUUUUACUAUCAAAGCAACUCUUAAUAGACAUCAGAAAAUUCAUACAGGAGAGAAGGCCUUUUCAUGUUCUGAAUGUGGGAAGUGUUUUACUGUCAAAUCAACUCUUAUUAGACAUCACAAAAUUCAUACAGGAGAGAAAGACUUUUCAUGUUCUGAAUGUGACAAGUGUUUUAUUGAUAAACCAGCACUUAGUAGACAUCAGAAAAUUCAUACAGGAGAGAAAGCCUUUUCAUGUGCUGAAUGUGGGAAGGGUUUUGCCAGGAAAUCACAUCUUAUUACACAUCAGAAAAUUCAUACAGGAGAGAAAGCAUUUUCAUGUCCUGAAUGUGGGAAGUGUUUUACUAGGAAAUCAACUCUUAUUACACAUCAGAAAAUUCAUACAGGAGAGAAAUUUGCAUGUUAUAAAUGUGGAAAGUGUUUUACGGACAAAUCAAAUCUUAGUAAACAUCAGAAAAUCCAUACAGUACAGAAAGCAUUUUCAUGUUCUGAAUGUGGGAAAUGUUUUACUAAGAAAUCAAUUCUUAUUACACAUCAGAGAAUUCAUACAGGAGAGAAAUUUGCAUGUUAUAAAUGUGGAAAGUGUUUUACGGACAAAUCAAAUCUUAGUAGACAUCAGAAAAUUCAUACAGGAGAGAAAACAUUUUCAUGUGCUGAAUGUGGGGAAUGUUUUGCUCUGAAAUCAACUCUUAUUACACAUCAGAAAAUUCAUACAGAAUAUAAAGCAUUUGCAUGUUCUGAAUGUGGGAAGUGUUUUAAUGAUGAAUCAAAUCUUAGUAAACAUCAGAAAAUUCAUACAGUACAGAAAGCAUUUUCAUGUUCUGAAUGUGGGAAGUGUUUUACUAAGAAAUCAAUUCUUAUUACACAUCAGAGAAUUCAUACAGGAGAGAAAUGUGCAUGUUAUAAAUGUGGGAAGUGUUUUACUGACAAAUCAAAUCUUAAUAGACAUCAGAAAACUCAUACAGGAGAGAAAACAUUUUCAUGUGCUGAAUGUGGGGAAUGUUUUGCUCUGAAAUCAUAUUUUAUUACACAUCAGAAAAUUCAUACAGGAUAGAAAGCAUUUUUAUGUUCUGAAUGUGGAAAGUAAUUUACUGAGAAAUCAACUCUAAUUACACAUCACAGAAUUCAUACAGGAUAGAAUGCAUUUUCAUGUUCUGCAUGUGGGAAAAGUUUUGCUUAGAAGUUACAAUUUAAAGGGACAGUCAACACCAGAAUUUUUUUUUAAGAGAUAGAUAAUCCUUUAUCUAUUCCCCAGUUUUUACAUAACCAACACAGUUAUAAUAAUACACGUUUUACCUCUGUGAUUACCUUGUAUCUAAGCCGUUGCAGACUGUCCCCUUAUUUCACUUCUUUUGACAGACUUGCAUUUUAGCCAAUCAGUGCUCACUCCUCUGUAAAUGUAUGUGCAUGAGCUCAAUGUUAACUAUAUGAAAAACAUGAACUAAGGCCCUCUAGUGGUGAAAAAUUGUCAAAUGCACAGGCGGCCUUCAAGGUCUAAGAAACUAGCAUUUGAACCUCCUAGGUUUAGCUUUCAACUAAAAAUACCAAGAGAACAAAGCAAAAUUGGUGAUAAAGGUAAAUUUGGAAGUUGUUUAACAUUACAUGCCCUAUUUGAAUCCUGAAAAACAUUUUUGGUCCCUUUAAUGCGCAUUAGAAAAUUCAAAGCAUUCUCAUGUUUUGCACAGAGCAAACCCAUAUGUUAAGCCCUUGUCUAGUUUAGGAUAGCCCCUCUAGCUCCUUAAAAUGCAUAUUGCUGUAUUAUAAAAAAAUAUAUAUAUUGUUUUUCUUUUGAUUUAUUGUUACUGAUUUGUAUUAAAAUACAAACACUGAAAUAA